AUGAGUGAAAUCCUGACUGUUAGCGGGGAUGAAUCAGGAGAAAUGGAACCAGCAUCGUUGCGUUCCGCUGAAUCGAUAUCCGAUUCCGAAGAAUUUCUAUUCGAUACAGUUACUGGAAGAAACAGUGGGAGUGGUAAUGGCAUAAGCGAAAUUGCCAAUGAUCGGCUGGCAGAACUCACCAUCAACAAGCUCAAGUUCGAGGAGAUGGGUUUGGUAGGAAGAAGUGAGGAAUUUGCCACACUACAAAAUUGUCUCUCCCGAAUGAUGUCUUCGUUCCAACAACCGAAACAAGAUGAUGCCGAAAAUGAUUCCUCAGAUGUCCCACCCGAAAGCAGUCUUGUGCAGUCACUUGUCAAAAAAGAACUCUGCUUCAUCAAGGGGUUUAGUGGUGUCGGAAAGACAAGGCUUGCACAAGAAUUAAAAAAGGAAGUGGCAAAUUAUGAAAACCUGGUUUUCGUCCAAGGCAAAUUCGAUGUGAACAAUGCAAGUGAAAGACCAUACUCCGCUCUUGGAAAAGCUUUUAGCGCCAUUCUUCGAGAACUACGAAUACAAAAGAAAGAUUCUCAGAUCGGAGUCUUGCUUAGAAAUUCAUCGGUCGGAACUGCAGUGGGCAUGCUACUCAACCUGAUUCCUGAAUUGGAAAAAUUUGGAGUUACCCAUAAGAAAACUGGCUGGAGCAAAUCAAGUUUUGACAAUAGUUUGCAUAGGUGGAAGUUUGCCUUUCGAAGUCUGACUCGUGUGCUGACCUUAGUGGCGUCACCAUUGGUGAUAGUCUUGGAUGACUUGCAACGAGCGGACCUUCCGUCACUGGAAAUGAUUCAACAUUUGAUUAGUGAUAUCCGAAACACAAACCCACUCAUGAUUAUUGGCUGCUUCCGAUCCAAUGAGGUUGAUAGCUACAGCGUCCUCACAGGCAAAAUUGAUGAUCUACAAAGGGUAAAAGAACGAUAUGGCUUCAAUGUGACGGACAUUGCGUUGUGGAGUUGUGAACUCGAAGACAUACAUGAAAUGAUAAUGGCUAUGAUGGCCAUCGAUGAUCAGUCAAUAUCGCAAGAUCUGGCAGAACUUUGCUUUAAACGAACCAUGGGAAACCCUUUUUUCUUGGUAGAGUUUAUGAAGAUGCUCCAACGAGAGGAACUGAUAUCUUUUUCGCUGGGGCUUAUGAAAUGGACUUUUGAUGUAAACGAGAUUGAAGAAUCCACAAUGUCAACUGCCAAUGUUGCCACUUUGCUGCAAAAUCGUAUUCGCUUCUUGUCCAAAGAUGUACAGGAACUCUUGCAGUUAGCAGCUUGUCUCGGGAUGAAUUUCCGCGUGGAAACCUUGCUGGUACUCUGGAAAAUGCGGAAUCCGAGUCAAGACGAGAGCACAAUCCUUGAUGAAGUGCGGUCAAUGCUUUCAAAGGCGGAAAGGGAGUUGUUAGUGGAGGGCAAUGGUUACAACUUGUAUCAAUGGGUCCAUGACAAGGUUCAAGAGGCCGCAAUGACGCUGAACACUCCUGAUCAUUUGAAUGCUAUUCAAUUCCAAGUCGGGCAACAGUUGCUUCUCGGUUUGGACGAAAAUUUGCUCGAAGACGACCUGUUCAAGAUCACCAAUCUGGUCAACAGAGGCACCGAAAAGAUCAAUAUCGAGUUUGCAGCGCUGAACUUGCGAGCAGCAAAGAAGGCUCGCAGCAUAUCUGCUUUUGAAGCAUCUGCAAGGUAUGCGGAGAAAGGGAUCAAUAUGCUUCCAAGCAACGUGUGGAUAAUGGACCGCUCCUUGGCACUUGAUCUCUACACGAUUGGCGCACAUAUGCAACUCAUUUCCGGUAACAUCGACAAAGCAGACGAAUACAGCAAGGAAAUCUUCAACCAAAAGGACAUAUCGGUGAUGGAAACACUUCCCAUGCGCAUUGCACGAGCAUGGACCUUAUCCUCGGUAGAAUCGAAGCAUGCUGAGGCAACCGAGUAUGUGAUCCAUCUACUUCGUGAGCUUGGAUAUAAUCAAAUUUGGCGUGUUGGUUUGGCCCCGGCGCAAGCGCUUUCAGCGUUCCGGAGGACGUUGAAACUGAUCAAAGAGGCACCGAAAGACUUUUACAAGUCGCUGGAAAUCGUAAAUGAUGAAAAACAGGGAGCGAUAUCUGAUCUCUUGCAUCUGCUGCACUAUUCUAGCUACAUGUCAGGAAGACUCUUCCUGGCUGCUGUGAGCUGUUGCAAGGACGUUGAGUUAACAAUGAAGCAAGGAAUCACUCAUAACUCCGCUAGAAGCUUCUGUAACCUUGGUGGCUUUGUUCUUCAUCUUCAGGAAGACUAUAAGACUACGUUGCGUCUUGGCGAAUGCGCCUUUGCAAUACAAGAUAUCAUUGGUGAAGCAAACAAAGGCAUUACAAUACAAGAAGCCCAUACCAAUGGCUUGUGUUUUGCCAAGCCCCUACAACAAUCCAUUCCGUUAUUAGCAGAAGCAUAUAACUUAUCCAUGAGGGCAGGCGAUACAGAAUAUGCCAAUUGGAGUUUACUGUUUUCAGUUGCCAUGGUGCCAUAUAUCACUGGCAAGAAACUGGGUCCUCUUUUGGAAGAAUGCCAAAAAGCAUUGACCCAUGUUGAAGAGGGCGGCAGGGCAGAUCACGUGGUUACACUGAAGCUCAUGAUUCAUCUGAUAAAGAACUUGCAGGGAAAAAAUGGUCGCCAAUCCCUUCGCUCCACCGGUGCCUAUUUCAUCCCCGACGAAUGGAAAACGACAUCAAUAUACAUUGGUACCGUGCACUUUACCCAAUGCGAAAUACUUUUCUUCUCCGACCUCGAAGCUGCGGCGGAUAUUUCAAUUCAGAAUGGAGACCUGUUGAAGAAGUCUCUUCCUGGAACCAUUCUAACUAUGAUUGACAACUUCCAUCAAGCGGUUUCUUUGUAUGUGAUGGCCCGUCGUACCAAGAAGCGGAAAUACAAGGUCGCUGCAAAAAGGCUUCGAAAAAUACUCCAGCGAUGGGAAAAAGCUGGGAAUCCAAAUGUUGUUCAUUUUGUAAUGUUGUUGGAUGCAGAAGAUGCUGCAUUAUCCAAGAAGAUUGAAGCAGCCACGGAAAAGUAUAAGCAAGCCAUUGUCUUCGCAGGGCGAAAUGGAGAACUGCACCACGCUGGGAUGUUCAACGAGCGGUAUGCUGAUUUCCUGUUGGAUGUGUGCGACGAUCCCGAAGGAGCGAAGUACCAAUUCAGUAACGCAAUCCAGUAUUAUCAGGACUGGGGAGCAGAUGGAAAGGUUGGCGAGUUGCAGGAGAAGUGCGAACGCUUGUAG